AUGGACGCUUUUGCUACGUUCGGGGCUCUGAAUGAUUCCCAGAGCAACGGGCCCCAGAAGCAGCAAUUCUUCGAAAAUGAGCUCGCGCAGGUUGAUAAUUUGACUGGCAGUGGGUCCGUUCUCGAACCAUCCCUCGAUCCAGCGGCUUAUGACGAAGGAGCUGUUGGCGGACAGACCCAAAAAGAACUCGACCAGGUGCGCGCGCUAAAAUUGCAGAAAGACGCGAUGGGAGCGCAGCAUUCCGGCAAGAUCGACGAAGCAGUCGCUCUUUACCACAAGUUGCUCGACACUGGCUUCGUUCGAGAUUCAGAAGAUGGCCAUCCGGGGCACCGAAUGAAAUACAUCGCGUUCAAAAACAUUGCGAAAAUUCUCCCGCCGGACAGGGCAGAAGAAAGCAUCAAAUUCUACCUGAAGGCGAGCGAAAUUGACAGCUCAGAAACGCAGCUCUGGUGGAAGCUCGGAAUGAAAGCGCUGGAAAUUGGAAACGUUCUUUUAGCGCACAAUUCUUUCGCAAAAGCCCUUACCUUAUCCGACCGGCAUUGGCCUAGUAUCGACAAAAUUUUAUACACGGGGCUGAUUUUAAACAACUUCCGGGACAUAAUCAGACGGGCUCUUGCUGCACUCCAACUUGACCGGAAAUACGGCACCGCUCGUCUGGCGUUGCUAAAAAUCCGCGACUUUUAUCCGAUAAUGUUCGACGAUCCUGAAGACUUAGAGACUGCGGAGUCGUUCGAUCUGGAAAAAUGCACCGAGCGAGAUCAGAAAACAUUCGACAAGCUUUAUUCGAGAUAUGAAAAACGAUGGAUUGAGUACUGUAAAUUCACCCCACUAGAUACACCUCCAGAACUACUUGAAACUCCGAAUUAUAACAUUCUUGAUGUUAAAUGCAACAAGUACUCGUUUUCGAGCAUCGGGAAGAGUCUCAUAAGAAGUUUGGAGAAAUUCGAUGAAAAGGAUUUCGACAGGAUUUCUGUUGCGCAUUUAGCUGGAAAGAAAAGACCUUUCAAAGCGAUUGAAAAUGCUCAAAUCUAUCAUAUUGACACGAAAAAGAGAAAGAAAGACAAAUCACUCAAGCUGCCGAAGAAAGACAGAAACAAGAAGGCGCUGGAAAUAACUGAACACAGCUCUGCCUUCUCCCUCGUCAUUCCAUAUUUACUGCCUCACGAAUACCGUGUUGAGUUCAACGAUUGCCUCGGAUCAUCCCUAAAUGAAUCGGCAUUGGAGCCCGAGCUGAUAAUUUCGAAUGCAAAAGUCGAAUCAGAAAACGAGCGUCGCUUUAUGGUCGUUUUGAGGGAGCAAGAACCGACGAUGCUUCUCGAAUUCUUGAGCUUCAAAUCUUCGAAUCGCCCUUUAAAGAUAUUUACUUUCAUUCGCGAUUUCUGUCUCCAUCUGACUGGGUUGACAUCGAAUCAGUGGAGUAACUCAUUGAAAAAUAAUUUCAUCACGCUUUGGAAAGCGCUUGAAUCGCGGCGCUUCGUGGAGAUUGUCCUGUCGGACAAUGUUCGUGCGGAUAUCAUGGAAAUGAAGCCGACAAAGAUUGUUAGAUUACUUCAAGAUUUCAAAGGAUACCUUCUCUUUGCCGAAUUGGAAGUGGACGCGGAAAUGGUCAGGCGAGGCUUGCGCUUGGGGCCGGCAUGUCUCUCACCAGGAAACGACGGGAAAGAUUCGCUGGACGAUCCAACGAGGUCGAAAAAUCAAAGACUGGCUCGGUACAUCCGGCAGAUGUUCAUGUAUCCCUCGGAAAUGUACAGUGGAAACUGCACCGAGGUGCGCCUCCGUCUGAUGUGGCUCGAUGCGAAAAUGUGGGUGCUGAGAAAUGAUGCGAAAUUCAUGCUCCAGCGGCUAAUGGACAUUCAAGUCUUUCUCGUGAAAAACGAUCACUGGGAAGUCAAUAUUCCUAAUAUCAAGGAAGCCCCUGUCAUUUCACUGGCAGAAACCGAGAAGCGAAUUCAAACGAUUCAACGAGCAGAGCAGCGUGAAGAAGUCGAGCGACUCUACCAAGAUGGCAAUUACAAACAAGUCGCUGAACUGCUCUGGGUGACGUUGAGGCUAAAGCCGAGCACAGCGGAGAUCCAGCCUUUUCCACAAGAACGCGCGAAUCAGCUGUGCUUGUUAUUGAACUCGCUUUCCUUCAUCGCGCAGAAUGACGAGUUCGGCUGGAAAACCUGGGCUCAGGGCAUCGAAAGAGCGUUUGCCGAAGUAGCAGCUCGGAUCAGAGUGCGGCAUUCCUUGCCAGACUGGGUGAAUGCAGCCGGCCAGUUGUGCUUGAAUUUUUUGGAGCUGGAUACAGACGAUUAUUCCACUAUCUUCGAAGGGAUGAGCAAAAGCGAAAUGGGCCGUUUUCAGCGUUCUCUUGCUACAUUUUCCGCCGCUCAAAUGGAACUCGGGCCAGAACCGGCUGUCAUUCGCCGCUCUUUAGUUCCAGUUUGGCUCAUCGGCUACCACGCUCUAAAGUCCAUAAACGAGCUAGAAAACGACGAGUCAGACAAUCGGAAAAUCUCUUCUGAAUCAAGCGCUUCGGAAGAAAGCCAGAAAGAAUUCGAUGAGGCGACAUUCGAUAUGAAACAACUGCGCUUUUAUCCUGAUCUGGAAAUAGCCCCUUGUGUCCAGUUGUUGAUUACGGCGCAUUCUGAGCUCGGGAGUUGCAACUGGUGCACAGACGGAAACGGAAGUCUUUUGAAGUUCAUCAUUCCAACUUUCAACGCGCUCCGGAAAAAAUUAAAAGCCGAUCCGGAUGGGCUUGAUUCGGCCAAACCAAAAAUUGUGAAUCUUCUGAACAACGAACUUCAACAAGCAAUCUACUGCUUCGUCCAGUUCCCUGCAAAAAAACCAAAAUCAAUUACGGAUCAUCGGAGUACGAAGAUCCCGCUCAGCUGGCAAAAUGUCGUUUUAGUUUUCGACGUGUUGUUUCCCGAGGAAUUGCCCCAGUUUGACUCGGUCAAGUCGAAUUCCAUUUCCAGCGAGUUAGCUUCUUUUAUCAAGAAAUGCAUUCCACUGAUUCCGGAUUGCGAGUUUUCGAAAAUGAGACUUGGUUAUUCAAAAAUAAUAAGGGCGACUCACGAAGCGGCUUUGGACGAUUCUUAUGGCGAUCUAAAGUCGUGGCUGGAAAUGAAAUCGGCAGAUUCGCCGCUCGAGAAUUUCUACUAUCUACUUGCCGAUUACUGUAUGAAGAACAACUCGAGGGACGACGCGGUCAAGUACUAUUUCAUGGACAUUGGCUUUAAUCCUCAACGAAUCGACUCCUGGGCGGCGGUGGCUCUUUGCAAAGCGGCGGAAAUCGACGAAAAGAUGCGAUGUUUUGAUUCCAAGGGGCAAUUCCUGCCGAUGAAACUGAUCCACUGUGCGAUUUUCUGUUUUGAAAGAGCGCUGGAAUUGGAGAGAAAUGGCAAAAUCCUAAUUGAAUUUGGCCAGAUGCUUUACUGGCUCGCCGGAUAUGACUCCGAGCAAUCUCACGCGUAUUACCAGAAAUCGUAUGCAUUAUUUGAAGAAGCGCUGGCAGUUGCUCCAGAAGAAGCUUGGCUGACCCACUACAUGCUCGGCAAAUUGUCCGAAAAGCUGAGAAAAGACACGGAAUGCUUGGAUCACUACCACAACGGGCUCGAGUGGAUGCAUGAAUUUGCCAGUUAUCCAGCUAAAAUUCAGUCGAAACUGAAUUCUGGUUCUUUCAAUCAUGAGACGUUGGAAGUCUUCUACAGAAUAACAGCAUUUAUCACGAAGAGAUACGAAGCUGGAGAAGACGUCUUCGAACUGCGCGGAGUUGUUUGGGGCCUCUUGCAGAUGCCAGUUUUCACAAGGAAUGGAGAAGAAAAAGUCGACCUGAAAAAUGUCAAAUUCGAGACUGCCGCUGAUGUGAUUCAGCAAUGCAUCCGCAAUUACGAGCUGAUUCUCAAACGAUAUCCGCAGCAUUAUAAAUCGUAUUAUCGGCUUGCCAAGUUGGCUUACCACGCUGAUAAUCCAUCGCUCGCUAAGAAAAUAAUCCUCGUCGAAAAAAAUUCCUCAUCAGACAAGAAAGAACAGACAAAAGCCGGAAAAUUUAUCUUCAACGAUGUUGGCUCCCUCUUUGGCGAGCGCAAUCGCCACAAUUUCUUCGGAGGAAUCUGGAGAACUCCCUGUGAAGAUAUUGAGAGGCCCGGAGCGUUUUCCAGGCAUUUGGCGAAAUGCUGCCGCUUGGUUGUAUUGUGCGCCGAGAAAACUCAUGAUAUUGUUUUGCUGGCUACUAUUUUUAGUGCGCUGCAGAGAACGCCCGACGCGUCCAAACGAUACUUGAAGGAAGUAGACCGGGAGCUCAUUUACAAGCCGAUUAUUUCGACGAUUUUGAGCUGCCAGGAACUUAUGAUCAAGCAGCAACUGUCGCACAUUCCUGCUCGGAAGCGCUUAGUUCAAUUUCACCGAAUCACUGAAAUUUUACAGAAGAAAAUCAUCGGCAGCGAGACUUUUUCAAAGCUUCAAGAAUUUAUGAAGAAAGCCUUUGCGCUUGCUCAGCCCAGCCAAACUGAAAGUAGAUCAGCCACUUUGGAAACAAUCAACAAGUACGUCAAAGCAAUCGUGGCGAUGGAAAAGGCAAUUGCCGAAUCACCAGAUGCAUCUGAUGAUGUACAGGCCUACUUGAAAAAGAAACACGGCGACCAAAUACAGACCUCCAUUUCAAAAGUGACACCACUCGUGCCUGCACCAGCACUGCCAAAACCAACCAUACCUCCAAAAAACGAAACGAGCAGGCAAGUCGUUACUGUAAUUCAACCAUCAACAGUCAUCGAUCUCACCGGCAGUUCGUCUCCAAAAUCAUCGACCGCAGCGACGAGUGUAAAACAGACUUCAACUGCCGGCCCGAUAAAUCCGCCACUCGCAAAUCCAACUCCACACCUUUCCCCUUCCAGUAUAGCCGCAUUGUUUGCCGUCGACUACAGCAAACUUAACGAUCAACAGAGGAUCCUUUUCGAGAGUCUACGAAGACAUCUGAGCAAUUCUUGA